CGUCCGAGCCGAGAAGAAGAGGCACCCGCCGCCGGCCUCCGGGGACUCGCCGCCCGAGACCGCAAACGCGAUAGUCAAUAAUUGCCUUUAGGGUACACCGGAUCGGCGAGCGCCAGGAGAGAGAGAUCGAGCGCGAUCAUCGUCCGCGUGUGCAACCCAACGACUGUCGGACGAACGCAACCCGUUCCUCGGUGGCUUGGAGCACUAGGGGAGGGUAGCCAAGACGUCGAAAGGAUGAUACGCGUCGACGAGACUGACCCGGUGGGCGAGCUCGAACCGAGUUUCCCCUAUCGAAAUGUGACAGUGCGUCGGGGCGUGGAAUUCAAGGAUCAUUAUGACAUCGAAUCUGAGAUCGGACGAGGAAAAUUUGGCACCGUUUAUCGAUGUAAGGAGAAAGUAAGCGACUUGAUGCUCGCCGCAAAGGUGGUGAACACGGCGAAAAAGGAGGACAAACGAUCGGUGGAACGAGAGGUGGAAAUUAUGAGACGGUUACAACAUCCACGACUUAUUCAGCUCUACGAUGCCAUUGACACCGGCAAGCAGAUAUACGUAAUUUUGGAACUGAUCGAAGGUGGCGAACUAUUUGAGAGGGUGAUAGACGACGAUUUCGUGUUGACCGAGCGUAGCUGCGCCGUUUUCAUGCGACAGAUCUGCGAGGGUAUAGAGUUCGUUCACCGACAGAAUAUUUUACAUCUCGAUUUAAAGCCUGAAAACAUAUUAUGUUUGACAAAGGAGGGUAAUAGAAUCAAAAUCAUAGACUUCGGUCUGGCGAGGGAGUACGAUCCAAAGAAGAAGUUGCAAGUUCUAUUUGGCACGCCGGAGUUCGUUGCACCGGAAGUCGUAAAUUUCGAUCAGAUUGGUUAUGGUACCGACAUGUGGAGUAUAGGCGUCAUCUGUUACGUAUUAUUAUCCGGUUUGUCACCGUUCAUGGGAGACACAGACAUCGAGACAAUGGCAAACGUGACCAUCGCGAAGUACGACUUUGAUCAUGACGCAUUCGCCAAUAUAUCCGAAGACGCGAAGGAUUUUAUCCGUUGUCUGCUAGUCAAAGACAAAGACAAACGAAUGUCGGCCACGCACUGCAGGGAACAUCGUUGGUUGGCGAAGAAGCCAGCGACGCAGCAACAGCAGCAGGUCGAGCAAACGGUGACGAUAUCGAAGCCGAAGACUCCAGAUCUGCCAAUCCCUCGAGUGGAAACGAGCAGCGUAGACGAGUUGGACGUGACCAAGGACAAUCUGAGGCUGUUCGUGGAGCGCUGGCGUGAGCACCCUGACAGCCCGUAUAUCAUAGAUAUUCCUCAGUGUGUGUUGACUCAACAGAAUUCGACUCGCGAUUACGAGGAAUUAGUGUCGUUAGGAGGUCACAGUCCGUCGCCUUGUGCCAGUAUCUCCAGCGAACCGUCAGAAGCGACGGACGGCUCACCCCGAGAGAGCUACGGCACGUUCCUGACGGUGCCUAGCUACGGUCUCGAGAGGAGAGCCUCCGAGGGCGUCACCACGGAGAAGUCAAGGGGCGACCCUGCCAGUCAAAUCAUCUUGGCUGAUGAGAUAAUCAAAUUAUCAGAGCGUCUGAGAUCCAUAGCGACGGGAGCGAGCGGAUAUUCAAACGAGGAGGAAAGCUCCUCGGAGACCGGCGAGCAGAGCAAGAAGCCGCUCGAAGACAAGGACAAGAGGAACGGUGUUCGUUCGAGGAACGGAUUGGUUGUUGAAAAUACCGAAUGCAACGAAAUUGCGGAGAAAUUGUCGAGCAUAGUAAGACACAGGAAGCUCAACGGAACCACGUUCCAUAGUAGUCGUAGUUUUGAUAGGAACACGGAAACCAGUACCGCGAAUAUGUUCGCCUCGUUGAAGAAGUCGAAGCAGAAGAAAGAGGAGGAAAGAAGCCGGAAAGGCUCUAUAGAAUCAGUUAGGUCGGAAUCUUUCGAGAAGAAAGUGGAAGAUAUAACGAGUAAGAAAAAUGAAAUAGUAUUUAACAGAAAUGAGGCUGAGAUGGAUCUUACUCCACCGUGGCGGCGCGCACGGGUGAAACAAUUUGGUGAGACUAGUAGGGACGUCCCACGAAUUUCUGCCCUUCGUAAUUUGCAUAAGAGUCUGAAUCUGGAUGAACCUACUAAUACCAAGGAUUUGUUGCUACAUUUGCUUGGUGAAUGGGAAGGAACCACGAGGUCGUCAGGAGUUGGUCGGAAGUCCGUCAGCGUUGAUUGGUGUGGCGAGGAAUCUGUUGCUAGGAAAACGAUGAACUCUUUGGCCGAAUAUUUCCAAUCGAAACAACAAAAGUCGACGGCGACUAACGUUAGUUCAUCCACGUCGAGUUCGAUACAUCGUUGAGACGAUUCCGUUGGAGGAGUCGAGGGCUACGUUGGAUUUGCCUGUCGUUUCUUACGACGACGACGACGACGACGAUGAGGAUCGUUCGCCAUUGUGAAGUUCUCAGGGCAAUACAAGAUAUAGAGACGGUGGUGGAUGACACAGUGAAGACAUACGAUUAUUUUUUGUUUAAUGUAUACAAAUAGCGUUGCUACUUCCGGUUUGGAUGGAACUGAAGAAUUUAUAAUGAGUGCGCAAUUUCAUUUGAAUUCAUUUGUGUCGAAUUCAAGUAAAUACGUGAGUUCCUGGUGAAUUGCUCGUGUUGUCAAAUUUAUUAUGUUCGAUUUAGAAAAAGAAAA